UUGGAUGUCAUGGCGGACACUUCCGCAAAUAACAGACGACGUGUUUUCUGGACGAAUACAGCCAUGGAUUCCAGCACGGAGGAUUCCGAUGCUUAUGUACCAGGGUUGUCAAAGCCAGGAAACAUGCGUCAGAGGGUCAAAGGUCGGAAGACUCCCGAAGUGAAGGCCAAUAUAUCGGUAGACCGACCUGUUGUGGAAGAUUUGCCCACGGGGACAAAUAUUCUGCUUCAUGAUCUGUCCCAGAGUCUUGACACCCACUCACAGCGCCGCCAUGAAAGGAAGGCCUCCUUCAAAGAUCUCAGGAUGGAAGACAAGAAGAGGGUGGCCAACCUUAUCAAAGAGUUGGCAAAGGCUGGGGAUGAGAAGGAGAAGGUUGUAGUACAGCUGCACCAGGAGAGAGAGCAAUAUGAGCAGCAGAUCCUGCAGCUGGUGGCACAGCAAGAGCAAGUUCUGAACGAAAGGGAAGACAUCCAUGUGAAGUUGUUCGAGACUCAGCAGCUUUUGACCAAGUACCAGGAGCAGAUAGUUGAAGACCACAAGCAUAGGAAGCAUAAGACACCACAUCCACCCAUGGAGGAGAACAAGCACUGCUCCACCCCGCAGAGCUGGGGAGCUGAUGUUGAUACUGACAGUGAGGAAUGUUUCAAACUGAGAAAUAAGCCAGUGAGGGACAUACAUGUGGACAACCACAAAGUGCCCUCCCAGAGGGGGGACCCAGCACUUAUCCCGGAUCCCCACAGGCCAUACACAUCUCUUAUUGACCAGGAGAUAGCUCAGCAAAGACAGCAGGAGAACCAGCCGCAUGGCAUGCAGUACGAAGCCUUACCUCGCACCAGGGAAUACAGGCCUGUAGCUCAUGGUGGGACAUACGUUCCUGUAUCAAUGAAGCAGGAGUAUAGACCCAUGCAGGAUAUGGAAUAUAGACCUUUAUCACAUGGGGAAUAUGGACCUGUAUCACAUGGGCAAUAUAGACCGAUCUCACAUGGGGACUAUGGACCUGUGUUGCAAGGUGAAUAUAGACCUGUGUCGCAAGGUGAAUAUAGAUCUGUGUCACAAGGGGAAUACAACACUGCAAAACAUGGCCCUGCUGCUGAACUGCCCAAUGGUAGACAGAGACACGGGAAGAAAAGUUCCAGGAAGAUGUUAGGGCCUCUUCGGGAGCCAAUCAUGUCCAGUACUCAGAAGAGUUCACAAAUUUAUGAAGAGAUGUCUUUCAAUUCUUUACCAACUAUUGCUAGUGAUAACUAUCAACCUCUUCCCAUAGACGAUAGUCCCCGGACGACAUUCGCUGCAAGUGGACAUAACGGUUUCCAUGACAACCAGCCAGAUAACAGAAUUAGGAAUCGUGUUGGUUUCAUAGAUCACCCUGAAGAUUUAGACAGUGCACGUGUUCACUCUCCAGUGUUGGAGUUGGAGAAGAAUGUCGCUGGAGACCGUGAAUUCAUGGAAUAUUACAAGAAACUGACUCCAGCGGAAAGGAAACGAGAGCUGCUGCGACAGCGGGCAGCGUUGUUGGAGGAACAAAUUCGACUUAAACACGUGUUACUGGAACAGGAAGCUCAGCUGCGGGAAAAACAAGAGCAGCUGAAACACAGAGGACUGCAAGAAAAGGAAUUCAAGUUCCAGCCAGUUUUGACCGAUGUUGAAAACCAAAAUAUCCAGAAUAGAUUUGUUGAUGUGAACAAGAAAACACAGAAUGGUGGGACAGACAGACACAGUGGACAGCCGAGGAUGGCGAAAGAAACAGUAGUGACUGAGAACAGAGGCAUAGAGGAUCUGGCCAAGAGACUGGAGUACUCAGGGCUGUCUCUCUCUCGGUCUAACAGUGGCAGUGAUAUUUCCAGUCAGAAAGGCAGAAGCAAACAGAUGAAGUCAGCAGGCACGUCCCCCAUCAACAUUCGGCAAGGAGUGUCCAUAGGUACAUCGCCGGUCAGACUAGACGCAUCAGGCCGACUGACACCGGACAUCCCAGACUUGAUAGAUGCAGGCACAAGUGUCUCAUACAGACAUAUAUCCAGGUCCCCACAACAGAGUAACCUCCCCUUCAACCACCAAAGGACCAGUCCAUCUCCACACAUUAAAGGGUCUCCUUCUCCAGGGGACAAGACUCUAGCAGUAUUAGAACUAGUUAACUCCAUUGAGAAGAACAAUGGUUCUUUAGGCGGCAGCUUCCACAGUAGAGAAGAGAGCUUUGUCGGGUACACAUCACCCCACAGUCAGUCCAGGGACCAGUCAUUGUCUGACAGAGAGGGUCAGACAGAGGAUCUAGAAGAGAGCAAAAUUCUAGAGGAAGUGUUUUUCCUAAAAUGAUACCUCAACCUGACAAUAGCAUGCAGUACAUUAUGUGUUUUUGAUUGGAGGUGUAAAUGUGCAGGCUCUGCUGGAUGCACACUGUAAUCUGUUAAGGACUGCUAAAAUGGGUUAUCCUGACAUCGAGACUUGAACUGGGACCAACUUCUGUUUGGUAGUCCUGUUAUUUUAGGUGGAAACCAAUCAUGUUUAAAAUAUUUGUAUGUAGCAAGGGGUAUUUCGUUUAAAAGAGGAGGUGCUGCUAUGGCAAAUAUACUCUCUUCCAAAAGAAACGUGAAUCCCCUAAAAUAGGGAUGAAUAAAGAGAUUGAUGUUUUCUUACGAAGGCAUGUAACGAAUACAAUGUGAGUUCUUUCAGUGAACACUCAAAUGAUCUUUAUUCAAAACCAGAAGUGUUCUAUAAUAAUGUCAAUGAGACGUAGUUAGAUUGUGCCAUUUGGUAUUUCACGUAAGAGUUAUGACAUUUCAGUAUCAAGUUUGGCCUCCUUUAGCAGCCAUUUCAGUAUCAUCAGAUCUGACCAGGAUAACUAUCUGAGCAUCACACACCAUUUUGCCUAUAUUUGUGUCUUAUUGCAUGUAAUUUCAAACAAUUGUAAUGUUUGCGUUCCUUUAGAAAUCAGUUUAUAACGAAGACCAAUGGGAAGAUGAUAGGCCAAACUAACAAGGUACUCACUUACUAACUUAUUUAACUCACACUAGUGACAUCUAACAAGCUUGGGUAUUCUUUAACAGUGUAGAACAGUGUGGAAGCCAGCGGUGGCUGAGUGGUUUAGGCGUCUGACAUUGUGUGCUGGUGAUUAGCUGCCUGACUCUGUGGGGGUGGGUUCGAAUCCCGGAUGGGAUUCAACCCCCAAAAAGUACUAGAAUCUGUACUUUACUAAGAAAGUAUAAUCCCAAAUAUAACAUAUGUUACAGUGUAGAAUCAGCUUUUGAUUGGCAGAGUAACUGUGUAACAAAGCCCAUGGGAAUGUGAUAGACCAUACUAACUUGAUAUUGACUAUUGAUCCUGUUUGUGUGAUUUGUGUUAUGACAACAACCCUCGUUACUUCUCUCACACAUAACCAGGUUACCUACAACACGUGUCACAGCCCACUGUCUCUUGUAUGCCAUGGUACUCCGUGAAGCAUUUUAGACAUUCUGUUCAAUAACCACGACAAGCUUACUCACAUAGGACCCCAGCAACUGUGAUUAAUACCAUGAAGAGUUGUAAUUAUUGUAGGGGUGGUGGGGUAGCCUAGUGGUUAAAGCGUUGGCUCGUCACGCCGAAGACCCGGGUUCGAUUCCCCACAUGGGCACAAUGUGUUAAGCCCAUUUCUGGUGUC